AUGUCUAAGAUGGUCACUGAAAGUUUAAUGAGAAAUGAAAGGAGUAGAACUACUCGCCAUGAAAAUAUUAUUGCAGCAAAGACAAUUUCAGACAUAAUUAGGACAAGUUUAGGCCCUAAGGGUAUGGAUAAGAUGAUAGAGAAGGAUGGGGUAAUUAUUACUAAUGAUGGGGCUACUAUACUAAAAGAGAUAUCUGUUGUUCAUCCAUGUGCCAAAAUGUUGGUAGAAUUAUCUAAAGCCCAAGAUGUAGAGGUUGGAGAUGGAACAAGCUCUGUAGUAAUUAUAGCUGGAAGUUUAUUGAGUGCAGCAGAAACUUUGCUGAAUAAAGGGAUCCAUCCUCAAGUGAUAUCUGAAUGUUUUGUAGAAGCUUGUAGCAAAGCUGAGGAUGUACUGAGACGAAUGGCUAUCCCUGUAGAUAUUAAUGAUAAAAGUGUACUAAUAAAGUCAGCAUGUACAUCCUUAAAUUCAAAGAUUGUAAGCCACAAUGCUCAACAUUUGGCUGGUAUUGCAGUAGACGCAGUUAUGGGUAUUGCAAAGGGUUCAAAUUUAAAGGCAAUUACAACUGAAUCUGGGGACUUAUGUGAUUCAUAUUCAGGGGCCAAAGUAACUAAAACUGUUGAUCUACGUAAUAUUCGUAUUGUUAAGAAGUUGGGGGGGACAAUAGAUGAUACAGAACUUGUAGAUGGCCUAAUACUACACCAACAGAAAGUCUCAAGAACAGCAGGAGGUCCUACAUGUGUUCAGAAUGCAAGAAUUGGAUUAAUACAAUUCUGCUUAUCAAGUCCUAAGACAGAUAUAGAAAAUAAUAUUAUUGUCAAGGAUUAUACUGCAAUGGAUAGACUUCUACGAGAAGAACGAAUGAUUACUGUUCAAAUGGUUAAGAAGAUUGCUGCAACAGGAUGUAAUGUACUUUUGAUACAAAAAAGUAUCCUAAGGGAUGCUAUCAGUAGUCUUGCUCUAGACUACUGUGCAAAGGCUAAAAUUUUAGUUGUCAAAGAUAUUGAGAGGGAUGAAAUUGAAUUCCUUUCAAAGGCUUUAAAUUGUGUUCCUGUAGCAUCUAUUGAUAAUUUUACUAGUGAUAAAUUAGGAUGUGCAAAUUGUGUAUCUGAUGAAGAUUUAAAUGGUAAUGGAAGGAUCUGUCGCAUUACUGGGAUUUCAGGAAAGGAUGUUAGAACUAUUUUUGUCAGAGCUUCAAAUAAUCUUAUGCUUGAAGAGACAGAAAGAUGUAUUCAUGAUGCUCUAUGUGUCAUAAGAAGCAUAAUAAAAGAAGAAGCUUUAGUUCCUGGGGGAGGUGCUUGUGAAUCACAAAUAUUUAUUGAACUAUCACACUGGGCUAAUAGUCUUGCUGGUAUAAAGCAAUUAUGUAUUAAUGCUUAUGCUCAAGCCUUUGAAAUUAUUCCAUAUACUCUGGCUGAGAAUGCAGGUUUAAAUCCUAUUGAGAUAGUUACUGAAUUGCGUAAUAAACAUGCUGCUGGUGAAAUAUACUCUGGUAUAAAUAUACGUAAAGCUACUGUUUCAGAUAUACUCAAAGAGGAUGUUCUACAACCUCUACUUAUUAACCUCUCUGCUGUAAGACUUGCAACUGAGACUGUAAUGAUGAUUUUAAAGAUUGAUGAUAUUAUUCCAUGUCUUUAG